CUUAUUAAAUAGAGUGAGAAAUUUUUCUUCAAUUUGUCCUUCUGGCUAAACCACUUAAGAUUUCAGUCAGUCGCUUGAAGCGAACAAAUGUCAUCUCGAGCUCAAAGGCAUGUGCAAGCCGUGAAAAAGAAGAAAAGAGCAAAAGCACCAAAGCCUAACAAAGCAAAGACCGCGGAGAAGACUAAAUCUAAACCAAAGAAAGCCAAGCCCUCUGCAGGGCCUGGUACAAGCAGUCAGCCCGAACCAAGUGAGGUUCCCCCUCCUCUUCCGGAAGAAACUACGUAUGGCCUAGACGAAGAAUUUCCAGAUGAUGACGACGAAGACGAUGAAGAAGAGCCACUGGGGUCAGAUGAUGACGAGCAAGAAGAUUCCUCUGAUUACUGCGUGGGCGGGUACCAUCCAGUGAAGAUCGGAGACCUUUUUCAUGAUCGCUAUCAUGUUGUGAGAAAACUAGGGUGGGGCCACUUUUCGACUGUAUGGCUUAGCUGGGAUCUCAAGUUGAGGAGAUAUGUGGCUUUGAAAGUUGUAAAAAGUGCGGCACAUUACACUGAAACUGCAAUCGACGAAAUAUCUCUUCUUGUCGCGGUGAGAGAUGGAGACCCGGAGGAUUCGUUCCGCAGCAGAGUAGUAUCGUUGGUGGACAAUUUUAAAAUCAGAGGACCCAACGGUGAACAUGUGUGUAUGGUGUUCGAAGUGCUGGGCCACAACCUGCUCAAGUUCAUAAUCAAGUCCCACUAUGAGGGAUUGCCAGUGCCUGUGGUGAAACACAUUAUCAAGCAAACCCUGGAAGGACUGCACUAUCUGCAUGCCAAAUGUGCUAUUAUUCACACCGACAUCAAACCAGAAAACAUCCUGAUCACUGUAGACCAGCAGUUUGUCCGCUCUCUUGCGAGGGAAACGGCUGAGUGGAUGAAACAGGGAUCAAAACCAAGCAAUUCAGCUGUGUCAACGGCUAAAAAUGACCGCAAAGCAGUGACGGAAAUAAAUUCGAAGAUGACCAAAAAUCAGAAAAAGCGAGCCAAGAAGAAGGCAAAACGUAUACAAGAACUGUUUGAUCUCCAACAGAAGCAACUGCAAGAGCUGGAUAUGUUGGAUGAACUUCAGGAACUGGAACACGAACUUGAAAAGCAGAGUCUUACUUCGGGAGGAGACUCGAAAGCCCCAACUGAUAAUAUAAAUGGAGAAAACACUACACAAGAUAAAUCGGAUGAUGCUUCUAAGGAUGGCGCCCUGAAGACAAAGAUCGCACCAUUGAUGAACCGAGAUAGCAUUCUGAGCCAAGAUGGAGACGAUGAAGAUGACGAAGAUGAGGAUGAAACUGAAGAUGAUAAUACUGUAGACCAGCAGACUCUAAAAAGUCAAUUAUCGAUACCUGAAGAAAGAAUAGCGGAGUCAUCAGACAGCCUAAACACGGCUUCUUCUACAAGUGGGAAGGUGGUGGGAAAAGCAACUAACGGGUCGGCGGCCAAUUGCAAUGGAAUAAACGGGAGCUCAAGUAUCGAAUCAUGCAGUGAUAGAUCGCUUUCGAACGACGCCAGACGAAGGGACAGAACCAUGUCAGAAAUACAAGCACAAGCUGACUAUGAUCCUAAUAUGGUUGUAGUCUGUCCGCGAACGGAUCUCAUGUACGAUUUGAACAAACUCAAUGUAAAAAUAGCGGAUUUAGGCAACUCAUGCUGGGUGCACCACCAUUACACAGAAGACAUUCAGACGAGACAGUAUCGCUCAGUGGAGGUGCUGGUCGGGGCUGGCUACGACACAUCUGCCGACAUCUGGUCCACGGCCUGCAUGGCUUUCGAGCUGGCCACCGGGGACUUCCUCUUUGAACCACACUCGUGUGAGGGAAAGUACUCCAGGGACGAAGAUCAUAUUGCGCAUAUUAUCGAAUUAUUGGGAGACAUCCCGCCUACACUAAUUCAAGCCGGUGCCUACAGCAGCGAGUUCUUCGACCGCCACGGUUGUUUGUUACACAUCCAAGACCUGAGAAUGUGGCCACUGUACAGUGUACUGAGAGAGAAGUACAAAUGGCCGGAAGAGGAGGCGGUCUCCUUCACGUCCUUCCUGUUGCCCAUGCUUGCCCUUGACCCCACCAGUCGGGCCACAGCCGAGGAAUGUCUCACACAUCCAUGGCUGCAACAGUAACAGACCAAGUACAUUACAACACAUAUAUGAUUAUUACCACCAGAAGAGUACAGAUGAUGCUACUAGAAGUACUGAGGCACCACCCAAAGAUUGAAUGGAUUUGAUUGAAUUAAUGACUCUUACACGCCCACUCUCAUUACCAUAUGGUUUAUCCUUAACAGCAGAUAUCAGCCAACCGAUCUAAAUCCAAUUUGGGAAGAAACAACAUCACUGCUGGUUAUAAAUGAUAGCAGCAAAUCACUCUUACAACAGUUUUAUUACAUCUAAUUCAUUAGUAAAUACGCAACAUUGGCCCGAAGUGCUUAAACUGGUGUUUGAUUUGUAAGAUGUAAUUAGUUGCAUCAUCGACUUUCCCCUGUUGUUCAUUAUUGCUGGAGCCCAUGGCGGGCGCCCAAGUAGUUACCUCAUCUGACGGCUGUGUUUUGAGCGGCAUCGCACUUUUCUUGUGACGCCAAUUGUGAAAUUACUUUAGCGCAAUACAUUUGUUAUUUAGUAGAUUUACGGAGCUGUGUAGUAGAUACUUUUAAUAGAAUUUGGUCAACUUUUUAUGGGAUUGCGAAACGCGAGGCUAACUAUACAGUGCUAUGUGGAAUGUUUAACUUAACUUGAUUAACUUGAAAACAAAGUCUUCCUUACGUUUGAGAGGAGAUGUUUUUGUCGUUGUACCAUAACGAUUGCCCGCCAAGCAUAAAAUAAUAACACAAUUCAAUUCUUGACUCUUCAAUUUGUAUUCAUCAAAUCCAUAGAUAUUCACUCUUUCUGGUUUGUUUUUUUUUCUUUGCCUUUUCCAUUCGUCAAGUUCAAGUUUACCAAAAUACGUUUAUCGUUUUAUCAGUUGCUCAAAAUUAGAUCAUGCUCUUAGUAGAUGUGUAUGAAUCUACCACUGCUAUUACCUAAGUUACCUUGGCAUCUCUUGUAUGUUAUUUGAUAGACUUACUUCAGUCAAAUGGUGCUGUACAAAUUUGCCGUUGUUUAAAAUGUUGAUAUUUAUCGGCGGCAGCAAGUUGUUUAAUGAAAGGUGAGCAAAAUUGAUGCUUGUUAGAUCGAAAAUUCCAUUUGUGCUUUGCGCGACUCAAAAAGACGUGUUUUUUUCUGCUUGUUAUGAUCCAAGAUAUCAUCUGACUGUUUUUUCACCUCACUCAAAAUUACAUUUCUCACAAAAAACAUACAAAAAAUGGUUCCGUUAUAUUCAGAAUCACAGUAAUUGUAUCAAAAACAGUUUUUGAAGUUAUUAAGUCUGAAAUUUUACCGAGGUACGGUCUAUUGAUUUGAAUCAUUGAUGCUCCGGGUUUUAAUUGUGCCGAGAAUAAUAACCAAGAGAAGAGCAAUUGAUUCUAUUCUCAACCACGUCUAAGCUACAAAUUGAAACUGAUCUGGGAUUCCAAAUCGAUGUUCAAGUCCAUCUUAAAAAAGCCUUCUUAAUGAGUCACUUCUUUUUUAAUGGGUUUUCAAACACAUGGGAAGCUAUCAACCGGAUGUAAAUGUUUCGUUAGGAAUCUCAGAUUGCUUUACUUAAAUUUAAAAAAUGCAAUUAAAUUCAUUCUGUUGCUGUCUGCAUAAUGCACCUCGUUGCUUCUGCAAAUAAAUAUGGUCCAAAUGUCUCACUUUUAUGGCAAAAAGAGUCGGAACUAAAUAUCCUGUUGAAAAUUUUUAUCCUCAAACUAAAAACUGGCAAUUGUCAGAAUAGCGAAAAAAGAAGUGCCGUUUAUUUUUGCACCGGUUACUAAACGAUGUGGAACAUGCGUGAAGUUCUCAUAUCUUGUUAGAGGUCUUCCUCUUGUAAAAAUUCGAAAGUUUAUCAGAUAAAUUGGAAGACUUCUACGAACCCAAGAAAUGGUACAAUUUCCAUCCUCUGGACUCUUUCAUUUGCCCACUUAGUUAAAGGUGUAAAUUAAAGUGGCGUCGUUUUGAAUUAAUAUAGUUCGUUAAUUAAUUAAAUCUAACUAAUUAACAUACACCUGCAUUUGAGUUUGUUUUGGACACC